UAAUUUAUUUUAUUCAUUUCUGUAAGGUUUGGUUCAUGUUAGCGUUUUAGCUAACUUCAUUCUGAUAUUGUGUAUUGUGUUUAUUUAGUUUUCAAGGUUUUUGGGAGGCUUUACAAGAUUGCCUGGAGGAAUAAACCCGUUAAAGAAAACCUACGUCUUGUCGUCGUGCUUUGAGAGGAGUUACAGUGAAAACUCGGGACUGUUCAUCACGUCGGAGGUGAAGCCAUCCCAACCGAAGCAAGAUCACGAAGCCAGCUCGUAUCCAGUGUGCCUAGCAACCGUUGUCAAGCUCAUCGUCGGUCAACGCGCCCGGCUUUUGGGCAUGAGCACUGCGGCUCUCGUAGCAAGGAAGGAUACGCAGAUAAGUGGAAUGCACACACAACCACUUGAUUAAACUGGAAAAGCGGAUACGAACUGAAUCAAAGACUGUUUAAAAGCGAAGCCACAAAGAAGGACACUGACAAGAGUGACUAAGGGCAUUAGCAAGAAACGUCUUUUCUAGGAUUUAUUUAAAGGUUGAGCUAAGUGACGCUGGUUCCAUGGUGUGUUGUGCUGUAAAGCUAUUUGUGUGGUAAUGCAAUGUUCUACAUUUGAGUCUUUCAUCUAAAGGUUACUGAAGCUCAUCAUUUAAGGAAGGUUAAAUAUUUACAUCUUUCAGUUAAAUGCUUCUGUUUUAAGUUGGAAAGUAUUUUAUCUGCCACUUUAAAGUGUAUUUUUGGUAUUUUUUGGUAUUUGACAUUGAUGCUUAUUUUCCUUCUUAUGUUUUAAGCUAAUGCUAUGUUUUGGGUUUCUUGUGAAUUUUGAGCCAUUUUAGUGCAUUAUUAGUCAUAAGCACAGUGAAUAGUAUUUUGAACCAUUUAAGUAUUUCAGUACAUAUUUAUUUCAUUUCAGUUUAAAGGCACUAGACACAUUAGAGUAGAUGGUUCCACUUAAUGCAGGCUUUAUUUACUUUCACAUAAGUUAGCAUUACAGUUAGCAUUCACACAUUCUAUAUUUACAUUCUAUAUUUAUUUAUUUGAGUUUACAUUUAGUACAGCUUAGCGAUGUCACAGUAUAGUGAGUCAACACUUCAGGUAGGGCAAGUUGAUGAUGGAAGUGAAGUCCUUGAACAUCUUCCAAAAGAUGAUGUAAGCAACUUUCAAGAACCACAGCCGCAAUGACACAGCGAGCGUACCCGUACCCUGACAGAGAAGGGAAAAGCAAUGCAAGAGGAGAAAAUGAAAACAGUCAAACUAAGAUUCAAUUACUCUUACAAUAAAUGGCGAACAAAUGUAAAACUCUCCAAGAAGGCACUGUCACAUACAACAGAAGCGUUUUCAGAGUGUCUACUGCAAGAUAUCCUUCAUGAUGUCAAGGGCCUUUCAGGAGACGUCCACCGUGUCUAUGAAGAUCUGCGCAGAGUCUCAACUCCAGACCAAGACACAAGACGACAAGUAGAUAUCUGCACACAAGUUUCAGAUUUCAUUGUUGCCAAAGUCACAGCUUACCUGGAUGGGAAGCACCCACAUGAAGAUGAGCCAGAUUGGCCGGAAGCUGGUUCUCUUUGGAACUCCACUUUAAGUGAAUUGGAAUCUGUCACUUCCUUUCUGAAGAGUCCCUCAGGGCGCUCAAAAGCAUCUUCCAUAAAGCACCAAGAAGCUGUCGCGGAGGCCGCAGCAAGCCAAGCUGUUCUGCAAGUCUUGGAAGAACAACAAAGAGAACAAUUGGAAUUGCAGCAUCUGGAGGCAGAAGCUAAGAGGAAGAUAGCAGCCCAAGAGAUAGCAGACAUGAAGCGACGCCAACAGAAAGAACAAGAAGAAAUUCAGUGGAGAAUUAAAAGAGAAGAAGAGGCAGCUGAAAUCAAAGCCAAACUCGAAGAAAAGCGUUUGAAGAUCAAACAUUUAGAAACAGUCAAAGACUUCAAUGCCGCACGAGCAAAGUGUGAAGUGUACAACCAAGGACUAAAUAUCCAUGAGGUGUCACAAGAUAAUCUGGCAGCAGAUCGUAAGCCAUCACUUCCUGAAAGAGGUCCUCUGACAUCUACACCUCAAGCUUCUAUCGUCCAAGCUUCUCAACCAACAGCUACGCCAGCUGAUUCAACUUCAUUAGAGCUCAUUAAAAUGCUUUCUGAUGCGAUGAGUGCGAGUCGUAUACCUAUUCCAGAACCUGCAAUAUUCAUGGGUGAUCCGUUAAAGUACAGCGACUGGAAGUUGUCAUUCCAAACGUUGAUAGACGAGAAAAACAUCAGGGAGAAGGAGAAGAUAUACUACCUUCGCAGGUACGUGAGCGGACAAGCCAAGAAUGCACUCGACGGUUACUUCCUUCUAGGAACAGAGUCAGCCUACACUGCUGCAUGGAAGCUGUUGGAAGAGAGAUAUGGGAGCCCAUUUACCAUCGCAAAAGCAUACAGGGAUAAGCUUCACACAUGGCCCAGGAUUGGAGCCAAAGACAACACUGAGCUCAGAGACUUUGCAGACUUUCUUCGCAGUUGUGAAGCCGCCAUGCUGCACAUCAAGGAACUGGAGAUCCUGAAUGACUGCAAUGAAAACAGGAAGCUUCUUGCAAAGUUACCUGACUGGCUAACAGCUAGAUGGAAUCGGAAAGUCGUUGACAUGGAAGAAGAGAACGGCGAGUUCCCAAGCUUCAGUCAGUUUGUCAAGUUCCUCUCAAGAGAAGCAAAGAUCGCCUGUAACCCAGUUACAUCGCUGCAUUCACUUAAGCAAGAUGAGGCUGAAAGGGCAAGGCAGCCAGCAAGCAACAAGCAGAAGCAGCUAAAUUUUGAAGCAAAGACUCUAAUCACAAGUUCCAACGAGCAAGCCCCUAAAACAUGCCUGUUCUGCAAGAAAAUCGGCCACACCUUGCAUGUAUGCAGGAAGUUCUUGGAGGAAGAAGUCUCAGACAGAGUCAAGUUUAUCCAAAGUGAGAGGCUGUGUUUCGGUUGUCUUGAACCGGGCCACCACUCUAAAGCUUGCAGCAAUAGGAGUGUCUGUGAUGCUUGCAAGAAGCGUCACCCUACUUGUCUGCAUGAAGAAAGAGACAACGGAGAGCAAAAGACACCACAAGCCCAACACAGUCAAUACAAGUCAAGCAACCAAAACAAGGAAAGGACUCAAGCUGAGCAGGAUAAAGGCACCGUCACAGCCUCAACACACAGAGUUAUCCAACAUGAACCUGGUUUGCAAACAGCCGCAAUAGUUCCUGUCUGGCUCUCAUCUGCUACUCAACCAACAGAAGAGGUGCUCGUUUACGCUCUGUUAGACUCACAGAGUGACACAACGUUUGUACUGAGUGAAGUUGCAGCGGCUCUGGGUGCAGAGAAAGACCAGGUCAAGUUAAAGCUCUCAACUAUGACUUCAACCACUGUCAUACAAUCUCAAAGAGUGAAGAACCUGCAGGUUCGAGGCUUCCACUUGGACAAAAGAAUCAACUUACCACCAUCCUACACACGUGACGUCAUUCCAGCCAACAGAACCCACAUCCCCACCAAAGAAACUGCCGAGGCUUGGUCCCACUUAGAGCACCUGAGAGAACACAUCGCACCUCUGCAAAGUUGUGAAGUCGGUCUGCUCAUUGGCUACAACUGCUCUCAAGCCUUACUCCCAAGAGAAGUCGUGUCUGGUCAAGCCAAUCAGCCUUUCGCGCAACGCACUGACCUGGGGUGGAGUAUCGUAGGCCAUGGGAAUCCCUCUGUGGAGUUCGAAGACGCAGUCGGCAUCAGUCAUCGCAUAGUCACCAUGCGAGUGUCACCAGAGAUCAAUUCUCCCGUCAACCUGAAGACUGAAGAACUACCGCACAGAGAAAGCAAGGUGGGAGAACUUAAAGAAGAUGAUCCUGAACUUCGCAAGGCUACAGUGCUGAACACAAAGGCAAAGGAAGACAGGUCAUUGUUGAGCCGCCUGGAGAAGUUCUCUGACUGGUCAAGGGCAGUACAAGCAGUUGCCAGACUGAAGAGACUGAUUAAAGAACACAAAGGUGUGAAAGAAAGAACCAAUGAGAGUACAAGCUUAGAAGAAAGAAAGGAAGCAGAACUUACCAUCGUCAAAUUGGUUCAAGAAGAAGCACUCUCAGUUGAAAUCAAGGAUCUGAAAGGAAAAGGAGAUCUAACGAAGACAAAACACAACAAACUCUUCAAAUUGAAUCCGAUUUUGGAUGAGGAUGGAGUCCUGAGAGUGGGCGGGCGCUUAAGUCAAGCUGCGCUACACCCACACGUAAGGCACCCAGUCAUUAUCCCAAGUAACACUCACAUGGCCAGCCUGCUGAUCAAACAUUUCCAUGAGCGUGUUCAUCAUCAAGGACGCGGAAUGACCUCGAACGAACUGCGAGCCAAUGGAUGGUGGAUCUUGGGAAGCAGCAGUGCAGUGUCGUCUCACAUUUACAAGUGUGUCAAGUGUCGGAAAUACAGAAGACAACCAGAAGAACAAAAAAUGAGCGACUUGCCUUUAGAUCGAAUGGAAACGGCUCCUCCAUUCACCUACACCGGCGUAGACUGCUUUGGACCUUUCCACGUAAAAGAAGGAAGAAAGGAGAUGAAGAAAUAUGGUCUACUACUUACCUGUCUGUGCUCACGAGCCAUUCACGUGGAAAUGCUUGACGACAUGACAACUGACGCGAGAAAGGAAUACUUACUGAGUUUACAACAAAGACAGAAAUGGCAGAAGAGUAGAAGAAAUCUGAUGGUGAAUGACAUCGUGCUCCUACAGGAUGAUGAAGCCCCCCGCUGUGAGUGGAAGCUGGCCAGAGUCCACAAAGUCUUCCCAUCAUCAGACGGCAGGGUGAGAAAGGUCACAUUACGAGUUGGUGACACAACACAUGCUACACAGGGUAAACCUAAAGUUAAGACAGUUUUGCUUGACAGACCCAUACAGAAGGUUAUCACAUUACUUGAGGCAGAGUAGAAUGUAUGUUUCAAUUUAUGGUUCAAGGUUAACAUUUGACUCGCAACAGUUUUGUUCUAAAUUUAGAGAAAUCCCACGUUAAGUAUGAUGUGAUUUGGUGGGAGUGUAACAGUUGCAAGCAUUUUUUAAGUGUUUCAUCUAAAGGGUUUGUUAUUUUUAUAAUUAUUUUUAUUUGGUUAUUGCUUAUAUACUUACCGUGUUCACGAUCACCCUAGUAACGACUAACGUUGCCAGUUAACUGUUGCCACAACACCCUAGUAACGACUAACAGUUGCCAGUUAAACUUCAGAGAGACAUUAGCCCACCAAGGAAUCGGCAACAGAAGAUCAGCUGUCAUUAAAGUUUUAAAUACGAACAUUUACACUCAACU